AUGUGCAACCUUCGCGUUCCCAUUCUCGCCUUGUGGGCGGUAUCCGCUAGUAGCUUGGAUGACACUAUCGUAUCUAUCAAACGCAUGAGUGACGACGUCGACAUUCGUCGUCUCCCUGGAAUGCUGAAGGCUGCUGGUUAUAUGCCGGAUCAGAAGAUUGCCUCUUUCCUGGCUACGGCUGAGGUCGUCACUCUUGGGUUCAUUCACGCCCAAACCGUCAAGACUUCGUCCACCACCGUCGACAGCGAUACUCUCUGCGAUUUCGUGUCUAUGGCUAGCCGCAAGCUGUCAUUGAAAACGCACUGCGCCGCGGAUGAGUACGGCCAGGUCGAAGAAUAUGAUAACGACUUGCAUGUGAACGAUACCGAUGCUAGCUUUCAGAGGCAUCUCAAGUGGAUGAACAUGGGUGAGGUUUGGCAGCUGGCUCUACCUCAUGUCAAGCGGGAUGUCAAAGUGGCCGUAAUUGACUCUGGCAUCAAUUGGGAUGAUGCCGACUUCGCUCCCCUGAAAACAAAACUACCUAAGAAGAGUGGGGGUGAGAUUGAUGGAGGGUGGAAUCUCCUCACGCAGUCGUCCGACUUGACAACUGAAAGCGCGCACGGCACCAAAGUGAGCAAAAUCCUGGCCGCUAAGAGUAACAACUCGGCUGGUAUAGCGGGGGUCGCCCCCAAUGUCAUACUGGUGCCAUUACAGAUAGUAAAUUCGGUUACGGCCCCUCUUUCGAGGACUCUCGCUGCUAUGGACUUGGCCAUUGAUCUUGGGGUCGAUAUCGUAUCAAUGUCCUUCACAUUCAAAUUUACACGGAUUAUAGAAGGAAAGUUUGUGAUGUUUGAAGCUCUCCGCUCUUUACAUACCAAUGGCAUUAUCUACGUCUCCUCAUCUGUAAUCGACGGUGUAAUAGCUGACAACCAUUUCCCUUGUAGGUAUGGUGGCCCACUUGGUAUCUGUGUAGCCAGUAUAGAGAACGACAGAACUCAUAAUGUGCUCACUGGCUACUCGAACUGGGGUCAGAGAGUCGAUGUCGCAGCUUACGGUAACAGAAUUCUCACCGGUCGUGAUAAUGAUGGCAAUCUGACCUACUUCAGCGGCACUUCAGCCGCUGCUCCGAUUGUCUCUGGCGUCGCCGCCAUUCUUCUAUCAAUCGGUGUAGCCCCCCUUGACGUCAAGCCUUUGAUAAUAGGUUACGGCGAUCCUGUCGUGAGCGACGCAGGCCAUACUUUAAGACAUCGCAAUGCUGCUCUCAACGUUCUCAGAACUGUGAGGACCGCCUUACGGCAUAUUCAAACUCACUAG